AUGAGCACACGCGGGGGUGUUCGGGGCCGGGGACGCGGCCGGGGGCGCGACAGGGGGCACACCCGUGGAGAGCGUGCAUCCCAGCCGGCCAGCCCAGUCCCGGUGCUGCCCUGUAUAUUGGACCAGGCACGUAGUUUGCGCCAUGAUGUGGUAGCCAUCCAGGAGGAAGUGCUCACCCGUGUUGGCAUCCCGCAUGCUCCAAUUGCUGGUCCACAGACCACAGCACUAGGAUUAAUUCCAAUCCCACCGCUCUCCUUAAAGGAGAGUGGUGGCGGUGUUGUCCUUGAAGGCCAGGGACCAGAAACCGUGUGGGACGCGAGUUUACAGCCCCUUACAGCAGACCCGACAGCUGCGAACGUGACACUUCGGCGGGCAACGCUGCGAAAUGCAUUACUAGUUGCGCCCACGUCGACAGUCCCAAUUGCUCUGGUGACAAAUGGCGCCUAUGUGGGACCCUGGUUCUUAGAGGACCUGACAAUAUACGUGUCUUCGUGCAACGAUUUUGAGGUGUUCGCGAACAUGACCUGCGACUUGCAGCCUGCAGCAUGGAUACGGUCAAAUGGCUGGUCUGUCACCGUUGGCUUCUUCUCCGGGGGCGGCUUCACAUCCUCCAACGUCACAAUUGCCUGCGAUCCCACCACGUCAUUCAACGUAUCCGCCACCGCUGGCGCCGCCACAACAUUUCCCAACAGCAGCUCCACGGCUGCAGCGCGGCCUCCCGCGUGCGUUACUCUUACGGCCGGCUCUCCUGACGAGCUAUUAUCCAUCCUGUCGUACACUGCCGUACAUCCAAGUGGUAAUGGCAGCAUCGUCUUCCCACCAGCUCCCUCUCGCCUUCAUGUAACGCUCACAGCCAACGUCAGUCUCGACCCGAAAGCCUGGCUUGCGAGGCGUCCCGUCCUCACGCGCCCGUUGACCACCAUUUCUAGCGUUGAUUGCCGCCUCCUCACCGCCAUCAACCUGAACGGGGGUAUCUCGCUCAUAUCCGUCGAAGGCGGUGCUGUUCUGCGACUUCUCUGCUUGGAACUGUCCAACCUAGCUACGGACACCCUUGGCAAGAACAUGCCUCGGUCCCUGCUAACAGCCGCUGUGUGGGCGGUGGAUGUUGACAUCCCCAAACGAUCCCGGCUAAUUUUGGAGAAUACCACUUUGGUGCUAACCAAGGACGAGUUUAAGUGGCAGUCGUACUACAUGGCGCAAGCGCUGACGAACAGCGCUGUGUACGGCAACAUUACUACCGUCCUGGCGUCCUUUCAGGGUAUCGCCCUGCCCUCCCAGCUCCUGUGGGUGAAGGUCGCCUCGCCCCACACGCUGUGGCUGAACGCCAUUCUCACCAUCGUACCGCACGUGUACAACACGACGGUGCCUAACAGCUUCAUCAUGCGCUACCUGGGACUAUCUAUUUACUUGACGGAUCUCCUAAUGGUGUAUUCGUGUAACGACCUUUUGAAUGCCGUACGAAACUGCUCAGUCGCCAACGGCUGCGUCGCCGCCACUGGCGGCGGCGUCGUGCCGGCGCCUUCGCCGAGGGUUCUCGUACUGGGUGCCAACAUUAGCAUAGGGCCCUGCUGGCCUCCGGGGGGUGUUUCGGUGGCUUUCCCGGGCUCCUCGCUCAUGGUGAUGGGGUUGCCUGAUGUGGCAACCACCCUGGACCUGGCGGGGCGGUCGGACGUAUUCGACUUGCUACUGCUCGACAAUGUGUCGAUUGUCGUACCAGCUGUGGAGCUUGAGCAGUACGACAAAAUGCGCAGCGGCAACGGCGCUGUCAUGCCGUAUUUCUCUCCGUUGUCGGUGUACAUCGGGGCUUCUUCAUUAUCUGCCGUACAGCCAAGCGUUUCUGCGCCGUCGUACAACACAUCGUCCACAGCCGGCGACUCUGACCCCCGAGUUCUUGCAUCCCUAGCCUUCGACUUGUUGCUGCUGCCGGGAUUACGUGGUGCAGACAUCACCUUUUUAGUUUGGGCUGGUCAGUACGGCAACUGGUCCGCGGCGGCUUACGAUGCCGUUGGCGGCAACGGCAGCGGAGGCGGCGGCGCCGCCGCCAGUAGCGGUAGCAGCGGCUUGAGAGGAUGGCGGGCGGCUGUCCUGGCGGCUAUGCUUGGGCUGGCGAUCGUGGCUGCCGCGGUGGCGGCGGUGGUGCUGUCCGUCAAGCACAGCCGGGCCUUACACGGCGUUAAAUCAGCUAAGGGAAAGCAACGGGGGGAUUUGGAGGCGGGUGAGGUCAUCAAGACGGAGCCGACGGCGGCUUUAUGUCGUACGGGUGGCGGCGGCGGCGACAAUGCAGGCGGCGAUGCUACGGCGGGCGCUGAGCCUCGUCGGCCUCUGUACGACUCUUUUGACGAUCCGGCGUUUGAGUUGGACUUGGUCCGUGGCGCCAAGCUGAGUUCCGACGACGUGGCCGACAUUCUGGAUCGCGUCAAUGCAGAGGCUGCCGAGUUCAACAUUGUUAUGACGGAGAUUUGCGGUUCCGGAGCCUUUGGAGUGGUGUACGGCGGCACGUGGCACGGCCUCAAGGUGGCCAUCAAGACUAUGGUCUUCAGCGAGAGCGCCCCAGCCCUGGUUGCCGGUCACGCAGCUCGACAGCAGUGUAUCCGGGAGGCGGCGUUUUGCUGCACCAUGCACCACCCCAAUGUGGUGGCCACCCACCACUACUACCUGAGGUCCACCAAGCGACAUACCAUGUUUGACGACAUACUGCAGCAGCAAACGGAGGACAGCACAUCCGAAGAGCACCAGGACCGCCGGGGGGGCGGCCACAGGACAUCCCCGCUGUUGCCAUUUCCGUUGGCGGAGGCGCUGCGUACGACAGCUUCACAGUCACCCGGUCACGGCGCGGCGGCGGCGGGGAAGGCCGGGGCUGCGGAUCCGGCGGCGGUAGCUGCUGACGAAGGCUGCAGGGCGGAAAACCCCCCUGGCGCCGCCGCCGGUACGACUGCCGCCGGUACGACUGCCCCCGUUGCCAGGGUCAUCGGGCCCGCGAGGCGGAGCUUUGACAAACGCGGUGGCUUACCUCGUUACCGGCCUACCCUUACCAAGACCGCCAUAACUGAUUGGCGACUGUACUUGAUCCAAGAGUAUUGCGACGGCGGGACUCUGCGGCAGGCCGUGGACCAGGGCAAGCUCUUUCGACACAGCGGCAUGGAGUGCAGGCCCCGCGAUAAGUCGUCUGGUGGGGGAUUGGCUCGCAGCCCCGCCGCUUGUCGCGGAGGUGAUGGCGGCGGUGAUGGCGGCGGCAACGGUCGUCGAACUGCCGCCGCCGCCGAGCAUGCGGAUUCCCUGGACGAGGUGCAGACGCUGAUGAUCAUCGGGAGGCAAGGCCGGCUGGUGCGCGACGAGUUUCCUGGGAUGACAAAUGUCGGUGGCACCACUGAAAACGACGGGGCCGCCACGGUCGCGGUUCCCUAUACCAGUGCUGGCGGAGGCGGAGCCGACGCCGCCGAUGCCGCCGUCGACACAGCUGCGCCGACGGUGGAGUUGCUGUCGCUGGUUGAGAAUGGAUCUAUUGCCAACAACAAGGCUGCGGAGCCAUCGGAGGCGGCGGUCGCGGCGGUGGUGGAGACGCCGACAGGAGCGCCACAAACCGACUUGGAAUGCCCUCACAGUCCGCUGACGGCCACCUUGGACUCCAACAUCAUCGGUACGACAGUCACCAACGCCACAGCAUAUAGUACCAUCUGCGCGUCCACUUUGAUUAGCAGCGGAUGCGGCACUCUCGGCGAUGUGCAUUGUCUACCUCCGCCACCGUCACUGCCCGAUGUGCUGCCAGCGGCCGCCGCCGCCGCCGCCACGGUCGCGGCGCAGCCACGGCCUGCGGAGCCUGCCCUGGCGCCGGAUGAGGCCCUGCCCGCGGACCUAUUCCUGGUCAUUCACACGGCUCUUGGCAUUGCCAGCGGCGUGGCGUACCUGCACUCCAGGAACAUCAUUCAUGGGGACCUGUCUGCGAACAACGUGCUGUUGCUGAAGACCAAGAAUGAGAACAUCCCGGUGGUGGCCAAGUUGUCUGACUUUGGACUGAGUAUGCGACUGGAGCAUGGACAAGACCACCUGAAAAACGUAAGUGCGCUGUCUUUGCUUUUUCGUCCCGUACAUGUACAUGUACACGUACAUGCACACGCGCUUGUGUUUUGUACAUGCACGUACCGAGCGAAGUGCAUUGCGCGGUACUCGACUCUGGCUGCAGCAGCAGCAGCAGCCAUUGCGCAUGCUAGGGUUCAUCACGGCACGCCGUACUACCAGAGCCCGGAGGUUGCGGAGCACGGCACUUGCAGUCUGGCUGCGGACGUUUAUUCGUUAGGCGUGCUGUUGUGGGAGCUUUACCACGGAACACCUCCCUGGAGGUUGAAAAAGCACAAGGCCCGGAAGCCAGCGAAGUUGCCUGCGAACGGCGAUGGUGCAGCCGUCAGCGCCGCCGCCGAGGCUGCCGCGGCCGACGGCAACCGUGGCGUUACCGCCAAGGCCAUCGAUGGCGACCAAUGGAAUGACCGGCUUCGCGCCUGUGACGUGCUCGAGAUCUCACCGAGCUGUCCAGAGCGGUAUGCCCGCGUGCUGCGGCGCUGUUUGAGUCCCAACCCACGAGACCGCCCCAGCGCGAGGGCGGUGGUCAAGGCGCUGCUGCGGAUGGAGCGAUCCCAGGCUGCGGCUGCGGUGGGGGACAAGUUACGGAUGGACGCUGCGCUACUGCUAGAAGACUUUGACGCAGCAGCGGCAGCGGUGGCGGCGGCGGUGGCACGUGUGACGGCGGCGCCAACGGUGGCCGGCGCGCCGGCGUCAGCCGGUGCUGCAGCGGCGGUCGCUGCUGCAGCGGCGGCAGGCACUGCCAGCGGCAGUCUGCUGCCCGUCCUGGACCAGAGUUUGCAGCUUGGGACGACGGCCGAAGCAACAGCCGCGGUUGCCCGGUAA